CUUAGUUUUGCAGCUUUGCGCCUUUGCGCCGACCGGUUGCUCCGACGUUAUGAACAAACACAUCUCCAUUUAAUUUCGCAGCCGUGAAUUGCAAGAACGAGGCAAAUUGUGCGUUGUCUCCGGUCUGCGGCACUUGAGCGACGUUUCGGCCGUCGAUUAGCGAGUGCGGGCGUCGAAUCGGAGGUGCCGUCGUGCGCUGAACAGGCGAAAAGUGCCGUCUGAAGAGCUCCAAGGCCACGUGGUGAUGCACGUCAAUUCUCGUCAAUAAUUGCAGACUUUUAUCUCACGUUCGUGUCGCCGAUUGAUCUCGCCGAGGUGCCAAUCGAACUCUCGAUGUGAUUGCCCGAAUUCUGAUUUGCCGCAUUGUAGAGAAACCAAAGCAAGUCAACAUGGACAGCAAAAGAAUCAUCGAGAUCCUCAAGGGAACCAUAGACAGCAAUUACAGACAAGAAGCUGAAGAACAGCUUAACCAGAUACACAAAAUAAUUGGGUUUGCACCUGCCCUUCUGCAAGCCAUCAUGAUAAACGAUGUCGACCUUCCUGUGCGUCAGGCAGGUGCUAUAUACUUCAAGAAUUUGAUUUCCCAGUUUUGGGCAGACAAAGAAACAGACCCAGGAGAGCCCUUGGCCUUCAACAUUCACGAACAAGACCGGGCCAUGAUAAGGGACCUGAUCGUCGACGCUGUUGUGGUCGCUCCAGAGAAAUUGAGGGUCCAGCUGGCAGUGUGCGUCAACAACAUUAUAAGGCACGACUUCCCAGACAGGUGGGCACAAGUUGUGGACAAAAUCAGCAUUUGUCUGCAGAACCCAGACCGCAGCGGGUGGCUGGGUGCCCUCAUCUGCAUGUACCAGCUGGUGAAGAAUUACGAGUACAGCAACAAGGAGAAGCGGACGCCACUUUACGAAGCAAUGAAUUUGCUUUUCCCUCAACUGUACCAGCUGGCUUGUGGAAUUUGGAACGAAGAUACCGAAGAGUCGACCGUCCUGCAGAAGCAGAUUCUCAAGAUUUUCUUCUCCUUCACUCAAUAUACACUGCCCUUGGAGUUGAUCACUAAGCAGUUUUUCCAACAAUGGAUGGACCUGGUGCGAAUCAUGGUCAACAAGGAAGUUCCUGCAGUCGUUGACAGUUUGAGUGACGAGGAUAAGGCAGAUACGGCAUGCUGGAAAGCCAAGAAGUGGGCCCUUUACAUUUUGCAGCGUAUGUUUGAAAGGUAUGGCAGCCCUGGCUUUGUGAGCAAAGAGUACAAGGAAUUUGCCGAAUGGUAUUUGAAGACCUUCUCAGCAGCUAUUUUAGAAACUCUUUUGAAAGUUCUCGACAAACGGAGACGGAAGAUGUUUGUGUCGCCUAAAGUGUUGUGCCAGUCCUUCAAAUACGUUGAACAAGCUAUUAAACAUGCUUACACGUGGAAGUUCUUGAAGCCUCACAUGUUGAUAGUGGUGCAAGAAAUUAUUUUCCCGGUCAUGUGCCACAGUCCGGAAGAUGAAGAGCUUUGGCAGACUGACCCAAUCGAGUAUGUCCACACUAAAUUUGAGUUGAUUGACGACUUUAUGGAUCCGGUGACCGCAGCUCAGGCUCUGCUGCUUGUUGUUUGCAAAAAAAGAAAAGCCAUUCUUCCAAAAUGCAUGGCCUUCGUGGUGCAAAUUUUGAAUGCCCAGCAAAACGCUGAUCCUUCGCUGAGAGAUGGAGCUUUAAAUAUGGUUGGAACCUUGGCUGAAUUGUUGAUAAAAAAGAAAGAAUACUGCGACCAAGUUUGCGGCAUGCUUCAGCAGUACGUUUUCCCGGAAUUAAAGGCACCACAGGGCCAUCUCAGAGCAAGGGCUUGCAGUGUUAUUAAAUCGUUUUCGGACGUUGAUUUUACCCAAGGCGGCAUUUUGAAAGAGACAAUUUACUAUUUGAUCGAAUGCCUUGUAAAUGAGAAAGAACUGCCAGUCAAAGUGCAAGCAGUGGUUGCUCUUGAGGCCAUAGCCAGUAGUCAGGAAGGAGUGACUCCUUUCAUCGAACCUCAGAUCAAGAAUGUGGUCCUGGAAAUGCUGAACUUGAUCCGGGAAACAGAGAGUGACGAAGUGGCCAGUUCGCUCCAAAAGCUCGUUUGCACUUUCACCGAACUGCUCGCUCCAAUUGCUGUUGACAUCACCAAGCACUUGGCGACAACUCUGAUCCAAGUGCUCGACACAGACGGCGGCUCAGACGAAAAGGCCAUGAUUGCUAUGGGUCUGCUACACACAGUUGAGAGUCUGUUGAACGCGAUGGAGGAGGUGCCAGGGCUGACCACCUUGUUGGAGCCAGUAGUCCUCCAAGUCAUAGGAUACAUUUUUGAAAAUUCAGUCAUGGAAUUUUAUGAAGAAACCCUACUCCUUGUGUAUGAACUGACCAAGAAGACAAUAUCCAAUGACAUGUGGCAAGUUCUCGGCCUCCUAUACACUCAGGUGUUUGGUCGUGACGGAUUCGACUACUUCACAGAAAUGAUGCCUGCCCUACACAACUACGUCACAGUGGACACUCCUGCUUUCCUGGCUUCUCAGGACCGAAUACUCGUCAUGUGCAACAUGGCCCGCGACGUACUCAACGGAGAUGCCGGAGAGGACCCCGAGUGCCAUGCGGCCAAGCUACUCGAGGUCAUCAUCCUCCAGUGCAAGGGCCACAUCGACCAAUUUAUUCCUCCCAUUGUGGAACUCGUCCUAAUGCGUCUGACCAAAGAGGUGAAGUCAUCGGAACUGAGGGCCAUGUGCCUCCAGGUGGUUAUUGCUGCUCUUUACUACAACCCAGAGCUGCUGUUCCGAAUCCUGAACGACGUGAAACUGCCGCAAGCUCCAAAUGACUCAGUCACUUCUCAUUUUAUCAACCAAUGGCUCCUAGACACCGACUGCUUCCUUGGAUUGCAUGACCGGAAACUUUCUGUUUUGGGACUGUGCAUGCUAAUGCAGAACCCAGUCAGGCCUAUUGCAGUCAACGAGUGUGCUCCUAAAAUCCUGCCAGCCCUUUUGGUGUUGUUUGAAGGCCUUAAAAGAGCAUACUCUGCAAAAGGUAAUGACAGUGAUUCAGACUCUGACUCGGAUGAUGACGAUGACAGCAUAAAUGAGGAUGAGUUAGAGAGUGACGAGGAUGAUAUUGACGAGGACGGUGCUGUUUAUUUAGAGAGCCUGGAAGACAAACUCAAGAAAAACGCUGACGGAUCGUUCAACAUACAAACAUCUAUCAUGACUGAAGGUGGCGACGAUGAUGAUGAAGAUGACGACGAAGAUUGGAUGAAUGAAGAUCCAACUGCACUGGAAGAUUAUUCCACGCCGCUAGAUGCUGAUGAUUGUAACAUUGAUGAGUACAUUAUCUUCAAGGAAGUUCUUGCUGGUCUUCAAGAACGGGAUCCUGCUUGGUAUCAACACUUGACGGGCCAACUCACUAUGGAACAGCAGAAGAAGAUUCAAGACGUUUUUACUCUUGCCGACCAGCGCAGAGCCGCUGCCGAGAGCAAGCGCAUUGAGGAGAGUGGAGGUUACAUCUUCAGUCAGCAAACCGUACCAACCAAAUUCAACUUCGGUGGAAACUCAUGAUAGGCAGAUUGAGACUCGACGCAUUUUAUUUUCCUUGGAAUGUAUUAGGCUAAUUAUCAUGCAUGCAACUUAUUGAAAUGAACAGGCGAUAGUUUUACUUGACUGCUUUUGCCUCUCCACGAUGCCAAAUAAAACUUUUCCCGCCCAUGUGUUGCAGCUGCACCGAUUUUUGCGAAAUUUGCAUUAAAUGAUAAAUAAAGAGAAGGCAAAAAUUUGAAAAUAACAUGUUGUUUUUCUU